AUGUUUGGAUGUAGUGCUAAAAUUGGAUUAAAAUCAUCGGUACUUCCAAUAUCAAUUAUUAAUAAAGUGAAAACCAAAGAAGAUUUAGAGGCAGCUAUUACGUCAAUGAAUGCUGGAGAUCAUAAUCUGAAAGAACAAGAACAAAUCCAGCAACACAAUACUGAUGCACGUGUCAGAAUGGCGCAAUUGCAUCAAGAAGAGCCAGAAGAUACACGAGCUGAACGCAAUGAAGUCAGAAGAUUAGAACAACGACAAUCACGCCGCUUCACAGUCAAAAGACGAAGAACAAAUGAUCAACAACGACCACAGGUACAUCGAGCAUUUAUAUCUGAUUCAUUCCCGCGUAUAGCAUUCCAAUUGGCAUUUGCAAUGACUAUCAACAAAUCCCAAGGACAAACGAUGUCUGUUUGUGGAUUAGAUUUGAGAACACCAUGUUUUUCACACGGACAAUUAUACGUGGCAUGCUCUCGAGUAGGUAAACCAUCCAGUUUGUUUGUGUUAGCUAAUGAUGGACUAACAAAAAAUAUUGUUCACGCUAUAGCAUUAAGAGAUUGA